AUGGCCCAAGCCGUUGCCGCCGCCUUUUAUCGGCCUGCCGAAUGGCAGCGCCAGUCGCACGUUAUCAUGGCCUGGCCUUCUGCGCAGAACGAUGCUUAUGCCGAUGAUCCAGAAGAUCUCAAAGGAGCAACCCGAGACAUCUCAACCAUUGCUGAAGCCGUGGCUCUAUUUGAGCCUGUGACGCUUCUGGUUACAACGCCCCGACUGCGCGAUGCCGAAAAGCGUUUCAAGAAGAACAAAGAUAUCAGUAUCUUGCCUGUUGAAGGCUACGACAAGUUGGACUUGUGGAUGCGGGACAUGGCUCCUACCUUCGUCGUGAACGAUGACAUCAACAAGUCCGUCGUUCAUGGAGUCGAUUACAACUUCAACGGUUGGGGUAACAAGUAUCCUGUCGAUUCGUGCAAGUCGCUCGCCACCAUGAUCCUUGUUGAAGAGAAGAAGCCGCGAGUGGGCACCUGGCUUGUCACGGAAGGGGGGUCCCUUGAGGUCGAUGGUGACGGCACUUUGCUGGUCACUGAGGCCUCCAUCCUCAACCCAAACCGGAACCCCAACAGAAGCCGCCAAGAGGUCGAGGCAGAGCUGCGCCGCACACUUGCCGUGGAAAAGAUCAUCUGGGUUCCUGGCCGACCAGGCCUCGAGGUCACCGACUCCCACAUCGACGGACUUGUGCGAUUCAUCUCACCCGGCAAAGUGCUCUUGAGCAAGCCAAGCGAGCUCGGCGACGAUGUCUGGACGCGCAUCUACAGGGAAGCCCGUGACAUCCUCUCCAACACCACCGAUGCACGUGGUCGAAAGAUCGAGAUUGUCGAGAUAGCGGAGGCGGAUAUCUAUUCUCUCGGAUUGGACAAGAAGACGAUUCGGGACAUUGAAAAUGGGGUGGAGGAUCCGCCUGCGCUAAACUACGUCAACUACCUUCUUGUCAACGACGGAGUCAUCUUCCCGCAGUUUGGCGAUAAAGCCGCUGAUGCAGCAGCACUCAAGAAGAUCCGAGGCCUGUACAACAAGCGGGAGGUUGAGCCAGUGAGAGUUGACUACCUGGCGUUUCUUGGUGGUGGCAUUCAUUGCUCGACCCAGGAAGUUCCCAUGCCUUAA